GGUUCCGGGCGGAAGUGAGGCGCCGAGCGGAACGGCCUCUGGUGACAUUUUCUCCGGGCGGCGCGGACGAGUGAAGGGACUUGGUGGUGGAGGCUGUGGAGGUGGCGAGAUUCGCCUUAGCCCCGGCGGGGCUUUGACUGCGACCCUCUGCUCGCCGCCGGGGCUUGUGCUGAGGAGGAGAAGGCGGCGGUGGACGUUGCGUCCCGAGUCACCGCGGCCGGGGGAGUCCCGGCCGGGGGGUCGGUGCGUGCCCCGACGGGGCGCGCGGAGCGGGCGAGGAGGUGCAGAGCUGCCGCGGAGCGCAGGUUGCUUUCCUGUUGCAUCUUUGACCUAGUUUCCUAGACUCUGCUCCAUGAUUGAACUUGAAAGUCUGAAAUGAAGAUGGAGGAGGCAGUGGGAAAAGUCGAAGAACUCAUUGAGUCUGAAGUCCCACCGAAACCAUCUGAACAAGAGACAGCUAAGGAGGAAGAUGGAUCUGUAGAACUGGAAUCUCAAGUUCAGAAAGAUGGGGUAGUGGAUUCUACAGUUCUUUCUUCAAUGCCCUGCUUGUUGAUGGAACUGAGAAGGGACUCUUCUGAGUCUCAGUUAGCAUCCACAGAGAGUGACAAGCCAACAACUGGCCGAGUUUAUGAGAGUGACUCCUCUAAUCACUGCAUGCUUUCCCCUUCCUCUAGUGGUCACCUGGCUGAUUCAGAUACCUUGUCUUCUGCAGAAGAGAAUGAGCCCUCCCAGGCAGAAACAGCAGUGGAAGGAGACCCUUCUGGAGUGUCUGGUGCCACUGUUGGGCGCAAAUCUCGGCGGUCCCGAUCUGAAAGUGAAACAUCUACUAUGGCUGCCAAGAAAAACCGGCAAUCCAGUGAUAAACAGAAUGGCCGAGUCGCCAAGGUUAAAGGUCAUCGGAGCCAAAAGCACAAGGAGAGAAUCAGGCUACUGAGACAGAAAAGGGAGGCUGCUGCGCGGAAGAAAUAUAACCUAUUGCAGGACAGUAGUACCAGUGAUAGUGACCUGACUUGUGACUCAAGCACGAGCUCAUCAGAUGAUGAUGAAGAGGUUUCAGGGAGCAGCAAGACAAUCACUGCAGAGAUACCAGAUGGACCUCCAGUUGUAGCUCAUUAUGAUAUGUCUGACACCAGCUCUGACCCAGAAGUGGUAAAUGUGGACAAUUUAUUGGCGGCUGCAGUAGUUCAAGAGCACAGUAAUUCUGUAGGAGGCCAGGACACAGGAGCUACCUGGAGGACCAGCGGGCUUCUAGAGGAGCUGAAUGCGGAGGCAGGUCAUUUGGAUCCAGGAUUCCUAGCAAGUGACAAGACAUCGGCUGGCAAUGUACCACUCAAUGAAGAAAUUAAUAUUGCCUCUUCAGAUAGUGAAGUGGAGAUUGUGGGAGUUCAGGAACAUGCAAGUGGCAGAGUUGAGAAGAAGUUUCAACAGACACCUGAUAGCCCUCAAAGCCUAAGGUGUGUUCAUCCUCGAGGAGGUGUGAUUCAGAGUGUUUCUUCAUGGAAGCAUGGCUCGGGCACGCAGUAUGUCAGCACCCGGCAAACACAGUCAUGGACUGCUGUGACUCCCCAGCAGACUUGGGCUUCACCUGCGGAGGUUGUUGAUCUUACCUUGGAUGAGGAUAGCAGACGUAAAUACCUACUGUAAUACGAUGUCACUGUGUCUCCUCUGCACUGUUCCCUUCCUUUUCCUCCUCCUCUUUGUGACAUGGAAGUUCAUUGUCAUAGCUUCAGCCUCAGAAGCUGUUUGUGGCAUUUGUAUAAUCCCAACUCAUGGAAAAUUGCCCCCCCUUCCUUUUUUUUUUUUUUUUUUUUUUAAUUAAAAGAAGUCACUUAGGAAAAUAACUUAGCACAGAGAAAAGAAUUUCUUCUUUCCCUCAGUAGGAAUAGGAGAAUGAUGAAUUUUAUUAGACAACUUAGACAACUUCAUUUUACUUGGUGACUUUCAAUCUUAGGAAACUCUGCCUUCCUUUUAGAAUAAUAUUUUAACUACCAGGUGAAAUGGAUUUCAGUUUUUGAAUCUUGUAUUUAUUUUUCUGUGUAAUAAAAUUAAUAUCUAGCCUUGACCACUGUCAGCCCACCCAUUGGCACUCCUACCUUAGGGCAUUUGCACACAUUUAGUCAGGUCCUUAUUGGCACCUAGUAGGGCAUGUGCAUUUGAAAACCUGUCCUUAAAAAUAGAAGACAGAAGUAUUACUUUUCUUUUAGCUUGAGUCUUCUGCCUUCUUUCCUGAUUUUGCUCCUGGCUGAUUUCCCACAGCACAAAUAAUUGAUAUGCCCCUUUGUGUUUAUAAAUACUGCUAAGGUGACUUAGUUGGUCUCCUUGUUGCAAUAAUUCAUAAUUUUUUGGAAAAUGUCUCCUUUUGGGGCAGAGGCAUUUCAGUUAGAUACCCAUGAGGUUUUCUGGGCAUGUAAGGAGAGCAUUGAGAGAUCAGUAAGAAAAUCUGUCCCUCAGCUUUUUUUUCCUGGUUUGUUUACAUAACAGGAGAACACAGAAACCUAUUACUUAAGUAGAAUAUGAAAAGUUGUCUUCGUCUCUAAGACUGUGGGCACUUACAAGUCUGAGAAGGCAGUGCCUUCUUUCAUAGCUGGUCUCUCUGUAAAGGGUGUACAACAACUGUUUUAAGUAACGCUUGAGCUGAAAUAGACCUGAUGCUAUAUUUGGGUAUUUUUCUCCUCUACCAUCUAAAAGUGGAAAAAUCAAAAUGAACCAUAAGAAACCAGAUGCAAAGCACAUAAAUGACACUGUAGGUUUUACAGUAUCUAAAUAAGCAAAGGGUGGUUAGGAGCUUCAGGGAAUUCAGGAAAUGCCAGUGUUGGAGUUUUGUGGCAUUAGUUACUACCUUUUUUCCUAUAACAUGUUGUAGUUACUAGUGAAUUCUUUUACAAGCAAUACCUAGUUAGAACACUAUGUACUGUGCACGGGGAGGAGUGAAGUACUAUUGGCUUAGAAGACCUCAUCUUUUUGUUUUUCCAUGGUUUUUGUUUGCUUUUUGUUGUUGUUGUUUCCAUAUUUACUAUAUAACAUUGCUGUAGCCCUUGCCUCCCUCCCCAAAUGCCUUGGUGGCUCUUCCUUAAGAGCACGAGAAGUACCAUUUUCAGUUGUCAUUUAGUGGACAUACUAAAUGUACCAAGCGCCUGUUCUGCACAUGGUACUGUGCAGGGUAGGUGUGGCGUGGCCACCGAGACAAAUGGGACACCCUUGCGAGCGCAUGCGUCAGAGUCUGCCUGGCUCCACCUGCCUGGCCUUUUCUCCAGUUUUUCUAUAAAGACUCAUUUAUCCCUUUACCCUUCUUCCUGCUGCUUUAGUUAUUCCAUAUACCUCUUCCAUGGGAGUGGGUAUGAGCAUGUGUUCUUUGGUCUUCUCUGGUAGCGUCUCAUUUGAUCUGGCCUCUGUUCUUCAUCAACUAAUAUUUUUCUGCCAAUCUAGUUUUAAUCAGGCUUUUAAAAGAUCAUGAACCUCAAGUUUUAGCACCUCAUAUAUCAGAUCUCUCACAUGGCCACAGUUCUAGACAAAAACCAAAGAUCCAGAGGCCAGAGCUAAAUAGGACCUUCUGCAGAUUCACUACUGGUGUAUCCUUGGACCUUCACAUUUUACUUUAGGAUUAAUUUAUUGAAUUUUACUGUUACACAUUGUUUUUGACUUGAAUUAAAAUGCUAGACAAAGCAGAAAUGUACAAUUUCUGGUCUGUGUUUUCCAGGAAAAUCAUUGGGACAAGAAUAGAGUGGAUUAUAUGACUUGAAGUUUUUGCAGCUUAUUUUUUCCCCAGUAUCAGGGCAGAGCCCCAUUUUAAAGAAUGUUUUCGCAUUACCUAUUCUUAUGUUAAUAGUGUGUUUUGUUUGAUUCCACACAGCAGGUGAUUUCCCAUGACACACUUUCUUUAGCCCCCAAUAGUCAUCUUCUAAAGAGAAUUCUUCUGGUGUGCUAUAUGCACAGUGGAUUGGGAGCAGAGCGCUGUGGCCUUGUGUUUUUACACCAGGUUGCACUUUUCCCACACCUGCCCCUGUUUCAGCAUCCUGACUACCCGACUGGUUGCCAGAACAGCGAUUUAGAAGUUAACAUGCAAAAAGGGGAGAGAGAGGGAUGGUAGAAACACUCAGCUUUUUUCCCCCUACAGGGUUGGGAUUUUUCCACCUACUAACUGUAGAGAGACUGUUUGAGCUCUUCUUUCAUUGCCAGAUCCAGAAGAGUGAGGGUGUGGCUUCUGGCAAGGUAUUUUACUGAUAGAAUUCUGUGGGAAACAAGUCCAAUGACAUUUGAAAUUUCUUUUAAAGGAAUUGUUUUUUAACUAAAGUGUUGGCAUUUGGUAGCAUCAGUACUUCUUUAUGCUCCACAGAACAUUAUUCAAAGUAGUGUCUCUGCUCAAGUGGUGCACUUGGGUCACGGGUUGGAUUGUGGCACCAAUUUAGUUAAGCUCCUCCCUCCCCUCCCCUCCAGUGUGAAACCACAGAGCAGUAACUAGCUCUCAGGUCAUCCUGGCUGCCCUAGAGCGUAUACAUCUACUCACCAGUAGUUGUCUUUCCAUUCUGAUGGAAGGGGCCAGACUGAGUGGACUCCAGGAUUUAUUACAGUUGAGCAUUGCAUAAAUUCUGCUUUUAUCAUCAUCAGUUGUGAAUAUGAACUGUCUGAUUUUCUAACUUAGUCCAUUGUUCACUGUUCCUUUUAGCAGAAUAGCACCACCAUAGGUAACUUCAAAAUGAAUUUGUUGCCUGCUUUUUAUACUGUGUCACAAAGUUUUUGAAAGAGCUGGGGACACAAUGUUGUCUUUUAGUUUAAACUCUUUUUUUAAAUGCAAUGAGCCCCCUAAUCUCUGUUUUCCAGUAUGUGUAUGAUGUGACUUCCAUGUAUAUAUAAAAAUGAUUGCGCCCUAACCAAACUUCCUCAGAUUGUGCACUGUUUGUUUAAAAUAAUCACGUAUUUUAGUCCA